CAACCACUGACCCUUGAGAGAAGGUUUUAUUCACACGAGGGCAAACAUCCCUUUGAAUUUGACGAGCUAGAAUCAUCAGCAGCCCAAGCAAGUGUCUGGGCUGAAAACUCUCUGGAAGAACUAAGAGAUUCCCUCUAAAGUCUGCUUUCAGGUCUGCAGAGGGGCUCUUGCCCCUGCUUGCAGAUUUUAAAACUCAUCUUCUUUGAAUAAGAUGUCUGGGAUUUAAAAUAUUCCAGACAACAGCACUGCGCCGACCCGCUCGCCGUAAUAUUCCAGACAACAGCACUGCGCCGACCCCCUCGCCGUGCCACAAAAAAAAUAAAAAUAAAAAUAAAGUGUAUGGGCUGCGCUAGGGUGAGGAGGAGUGUCAUAGAUGAAAUAAAAUAGCAAAUAGCAAAAUGUAAAUAGAUGCUGAAGGUGCAGUGAGUGAUAUAUGAUACUAUUCUUGUUAGUUUUUUGUAUUUGAAGAUAUCCAUUUAAAAAAUACCCUCUUCCAGGAAAUGUUUCCUUCUUCUUUCUCUUCCUGAAUCUGUCCCCUCUGCUCAGUUUAAAUUCACAUUGUCCCUCUUAUUUUAUCCCCUCUGCAGGGCACAGCACAUCCUGCUCCAGCAGUACAGGGAGAAAACAUCCCACAUCCGCCACUCCUGCGCCAUAAGGAGGGGAGCAGAAGCUUCCGAGCCUACCCCUGCAGGGCUCAUGGUACAUGGUAAACCUAGCUGCAGUCCACCUCUGAAACAUCCACAGCACCUGCCAUGAGAGAAGGAACCCUGGAAUCCGCAGACCAGUUUUCCAGGCCUCCCUUUCUUCUCUCUGCUACCUUUCCCUUUCUAGGCCUUAAGAAAACUGAAAAUAACUCUCAGCUCGAGGAGGUGGACUCCGGAGUGUGAGUGGCACGCUGCACCCUGAGGGCGCCCGGCCUGGCCCUCACCAUGUUCGCUGCAUCAGAGGCAGCGGCGGGCAGGCCUUAUGGGUGCAGUGAGUGUGGCAAGAGCUUCCGCUACAGUUCGGUGCUGCUGCGGCAUGAGCGUGCUCAUGGUGGUGAUAGCUGCUUCCGCUGUCUAGAGUGCGGCGAGCGCUGCGCAAAGGCCGCAGACCUCCGUGUGCACCGACGCGCUCAUGCGGGCCAGACGCUCUACAUCUGCAGUGAGUGUGGCCAGAGCUUCCGCCACAGCGGCCGCCUUGACCUGCACCAGAACGCACACAGGCGGCGCAGCCGCUCCUGCCGCUGCCGAGCUUGCGGCCGCUGCUUCCCACACCUUCCGGCUCUGCUGCUGCACAGGCGCCAGUGGCACCCUCCCGAGCGGCCCCGCCGCUGUCCGCUGUGCCCUCGUGCCUUCCGCCAGAGCGCGCUGCGCUUCCACCAGGCACGGGCGCAUCCAUGGGGGACAGCGGCCGUGCCCGCUGACAGGCUCCACCGCUGCACACAGUGCCCGCGGGCCUUCAGCAGCGGCGCGGGCCUUCGGAGCCAUCUGCGUGUCCACGCGGCCAGGAGCCCUGGUGACUCCACACUCCGGCAGACAGGGGCCGCGGACGCACACCAGUGUGGUGUGUGUGGCAAGAGCUUUGGCAAGAGCUCCACGCUAACGCGACACCUGCAGACGCACUCGGGUGAGAAACCUUUCAAAUGUCCGGAAUGCGGCAAGGGCUUCUUGGAGAGCGCCACGCUGGUGCGCCAUCAGCGCACGCACACGGGUGAGAAGCCCUACGCCUGCGGCGACUGCGGGCGCCGAUUCAGCGAGAGCUCCACGCUGCUGCGUCAUCGGCGCAGCCACCAGGGAGAGCGGCCACACGCAUGCGCCACAUGUGGCAAGGGCUUUGGGCAGCGCUCCGACCUGGUGGUGCACCAGCGCAUCCACACAGGCGAGAGGCCCUUCCCGUGUGCCGAGUGUGGCCGCUGCUUCAGCGACCGCUCGGACCUCACGAAGCACAGGCGCACACACACAGGCGAGAAGCCCUACCGCUGUGAGGUGUGCGACAAGCACUUCACGUGCGUGUCCAACCUCAACGUGCACCGGCGCAACCAUGCUGGCCACAAGCCCCACAAGUGCCCUGAGUGUGGCAAAGCCUUCAGUGUGGGCUCCAAGCUGGCACUACACCGCAAGACGCACCUGGGCGAGCGGCCGGCUGAAUGUGCGGAGUGUGGCAAGUGUUUCAGCCACAGCCGCUCCCUGUCGCAGCACCAGCGGGCCCACACACGUGCCCGCGCCGCUGCUGCUACUGCUGCGGCUGACACUCAGGCCAAGGCAGGCACUGCCCUCAUCUUUGCUGGGCAAGCAGGAGAGGAGGAGCCAGGACUUUUUGUGUCCCAGUUGAGAGAGACUUGCUGAGCGACUUCUCUGGAGUGGGCCAGACAAGCACUUUAAUAGUGCCAUAGGGACAGUGGGACGA